AUGAUCCAGACCGGCAUCUCCACCAUCGACGUCAUGAACUCCAUCGCGCGUGGACAGAAGAUCCCACUCUUCUCCGCAGCAGGCAAGCGGGCCCCCCGCGGCGCCGGCCGCCCGCCGCUUGAACGCUUCCACUCAGGCCCCGCUUACGGAGAGGGCGCGGCGCGCUCGUGCCCGAUUCUGGUUUCGCCCGGGCGUCUGCCCCACAACGACAUUGCGGCUCAGAUCUGCAGGCAGGCCGGCCUGGUGCACCACGAGGGCAACCUGCUGAAGGGCGAGGCCGAGGAGGAGACGCAGUUUGCCAUCGUUUUUGCGGCCAUGGGCGUCAACAUGGAGACCAGCCACUUCUUUAAGCAGAAGGACCUGGUUCGGCAGGAUUUCGAGGAGAACGGCAGCCUGGAGCGCACCGUGCUGUUCCUCAACCUGGCCAACGACCCCACCAUCGAGCGCAUCAUCACGCCACGCAUCGCGCUCACCACCGCGGAGUACCUGGCCUAUGAGUGCGGCUAUCACGUGCUGGUCAUCCUCACAGACAUGAGCUCAUACGCAGACGCGCUGCGCGAGGUGUCUGCUGCGCGUGAGGAGGUGCCCGGUCGCCGCGGCUACCCCG